UUAAAUAAUAAUUGUAGAUUUAAAAAUAUGUAAAACGGAAAGUGUGUAAUUUUAAAAUAAUUGUAUGUAUUGAAUGACAUCUACUUCAUGAUUUAAUAAACGAUGUUAUUAUUGAAAUAUUGAGGUUAUGUUUUCAUUGUUUACUUAUACAUAAUUUUUAUUAAGAAAGAAUUAACUCAAAUCAAAAUGAUACCUCCUGUUGUUCCUGGACAGGCAGAAGAAAAACAAAAUAUGGUUGGCUGGAAAAAUACUUUUAAUAUGCGUCAAAUAAGCUUGAUGAAUUUAGCUGCAAGCCAAAUAGGUGUCAAAAACGGAACAAAGUCGCUAAUUCCCAAUUAUAGAAGAGCCUACAGCGUAACAAGUCCAGCAAAAUCUUUGGAUUUAUUAAGAAAAAAUUUACAAAAUGCUAUUAACAAAGAUAUAGACAAUGUAAUAAAGAAAUAUAUUGAGAAAUUUUUUCAACCAGCUCUGAGUAAUAUAAAAAAUAAUCUGGGAAAGGACAGCGUUGGUGAAGACCAUAUUAGAGAAGUUUGCAAACAAAUGUUAGAAGAAGCAAAGUUAAUGUAUAGUGUCACACCUAGUUCUAGGGAUAGUUCACCAUAUGAAUAUAGCCAUAGUGAAGCAGAAUCAGAAACUAGUGUUAGCGAUGGACGUAUAGGAAGAACUAGUCCAUUUACUCACAAUAAGAGAAAAGAGUCAGACACAGAGUCAGAGAAUACCACAACAAUUAGUCUAUUGCCAACUGUUAAAAGACAUAGGAACAAGUCUCAUAAUUCUACUGACUACAGUAGUUGUAAGUUGUCAUUAAAACGAGACGGACCAAAAUGGAAUCCAGACAGAGUGAAGGGCAGCACAUUAUUUAUUAUGGGGGCUAGGGCAAAUAAAGUGUUAGGUUAUGGACAGACAAGAGGAAGACUGUAUGUGAGGCAUCCAAAUCUUGUAAGAUAUUCUGGUGACCAGGAAGAUAAAGAAUGGCUAGCCUCCAAAAACUUAAUGCCCCCAAGCGGCGGAAAGGCUUACUUGAUGCUUCUAGAAGAUAUCAAAGAACUAACAGAAAGUGACGAGUACAAAUAUAGCCCAAAUUUGCAGCUUCAGGAACUGAAAGGAUUUGAAGUUCCAAUGUUUUUAUUACUGAAGAUAAAAAACUUUAUAGAGUAUGUAAGAACUGAGAGAAAACUCUUGGCACAUGUUGACAUAUAUGAAGAUCAGAGCCACUCUUCUACCCCUCCUUCUAAUGUUGCUCUAGAUUCUGCUCCUUCUACACCAUCAGACACUACUGUUUCAGUUGAAAAUCCGAUAGAUAAUAGUUUUAAGCAAGACAGUUUUCUUAAUAUGUCAUCUGAUAUGAGUAAUAAUUUAAGCAGUUCUGUAAUUUCCAGUAUUUUAGCAAAUCAUUUAUCUACCAUUAAUAGUACUGAUAGUUCUCAAGAUUUUUAAGAAGAUUCUGUCUUGAUUUAGAUUUUUAUUUUUUAUACCAUA